AGGCCUCUGUCCCAGACAUCGUGUGCCCGUUCUCUGCUCAACCUCUGUCCCAUCCCCUUGCAGUCCUCUCAUCUCUUUCUGACACUCAAACAUGGCGCCCAAGAAACCUGAACCCAAGAAAGAGGAACCGAAGAAGGAGAUGAAACCUAUUGAGCCAGAGGUUCCCAAAGAGCCUGAAUUCGACCCCAAGAAAGUAACUCUUGAAUUCAAUGCCGAUCAGAUUGAAGAUUUCAAGGAGGCAUUCACCCUGUUUGACAGAACACCCACCUCAGAAAUGAAGAUCACUUAUGCCCAGUGUGGUGAUGUCAUGCGUGCUCUAGGUCAGAACCCAACCAAUGCAGAAGUUAUGAAGGUCUUAGGGAGACCCAAACAAGAUGAGAUGAAUACAAAGAUGUUGGACUUCGACACAUUUCUGCCCAUGCACCAACAUAUCUGCAAGGUUAAAGACCAAGGCACAUUUGAGGACUUCGUUGAGGGUCUGAGAGUGUUCGAUAAAGAAGGAAAUGGCACAGUAAUGGGGGCUGAACUUCGCCAUGUCUUAGCUACACUGGGUGAGAAGCUGACAGAGGAUGAGGUAGAGCAGCUGAUGGCUGGACAGGAAGAUGCCAAUGGAUGCAUCAACUAUGAAGCUUUUGUAAAGCACAUCAUGGCUGGCUGAAGAUUGGAAGUGGUUGCUUUUCCAUUUGAUUUCAUUUUUCAGGGCUCCGGCCUCAGACUGAAUCCCUCUCUUUUGACUGACAGGACAGUUACCCAGUGAAAAUGUUCCCUCUUAUAGCCCCUGGUGAUCUUAAACAGCCCUUGAAUCCCAUGGAAUGUUUAAAAUUGUCUUGGUUUCUCUGUAAUCCUGUCAGUAACUAACAUCAAGGAUCUCCUUGUCAUGGCCCAAAUGUAAUUAUUUUCUGUGUAAUAAAAUCAACCUUUCAAAUGG